GUUCAUAUUUCUCUCUCCCGAGCACCUGAGAAAAUCUAAAUCUAUCAUCGGAGCGUGAACAACACUCUCCUCUUUGGCAAAAUCCAGAACAAUGCUAAAACGACACCGAAUCUUCCCUCACCACCAAUAGAAUUCUGCCACGUCACCUUCUUCUUUCCCACAGUUUUCUUCCCCUUUUCCCAUAAACCCCUCUAAAAUCCCUUCUUUUAGGGUUUGUUUCAAUCUCAUCCAUCUUCUUCAAUCUCUCUCACUGAUAUUUUUACAAUCACUGUUCAUUCAAUAAAGCUACAAGCUUCUUCGUCUUCAACUACUCUCUAUUGUUUGCGUUGAUGUAGCAGAAAAAAAAAGAAAAACAAAGAAUGUUUCGUUUCUCGUUCUGCUUCUUCUUUCUCGUUCUGUUGCUAUCGGCUGGAGAGAUUUCAUCGCAGUUGGGUUCUGGUCCGCACAUUACCGAUGUGAACAUACUCUUACCUCCGAAGAUGAAGAACCCAGUUGAGUACCGCCUUCAAGGAAGCGAUGGCUGCUUCAAAUGGUCAUGGGAUCAUCAUGAUAUUCUGUCAGUUACACCUGAGUUUAAUUCGAGUAGUCAUUGUUCGACCAGCGCGCGUGUGAAAUCGAUUGCCUCGUAUAGUGGUAGAAAGGAAACUGCAGUUUAUGCCACUGAUUUACAGACCGGGAUGGUGAUUCGCUGCAAAGUUUUUAUUGACAACUUCUCGCGGAUUCAAAUUUUUCAUAAUUCUAUCAAGCUUGAUCUUGAUGGACUUUCCAUGCUUAGAGUCCGCGCUUUUGACAAUGAAGAAAACGAGUUCUCGUCACUGGUGGGUCUACAAUUCAUGUGGAAACUGAUGCCUGAAAGUGGUGGAACAACGCAUCACCUUGCUCAUGUGCCUUUGAAGGAAUCUCCGUUGACUGACUGUGGAGGACUGUGUGGCUACUUGGAUAUCCAGAAAAAGCUUGAAGAUAGUGGUGUAUUUGCUGAUUUGUUUGUCGUGAAGGGAACCAAAAUUGGACAUGAGAAGGUUUCAGUUCAUCUGCUUGAGGCUCCUCUUACACAUAUAGCCGAUGAAAUAGUACUAACGGUAGCAGAGGCCAUGUCUCUUGAGCCUCGUUCACCAGUCUUUGUCCUGAUGGGAGCUUCUUUUGGUUACACGUUAAAGGUCAUGCGUGGAAAUGUUCCUCAAGCCGUGCAUCUUCCAUCAUCACAUCAUAGAUGGUCUGCAUUGAACUCUUCUGUUGCUCAAGUAGAUUCUUUGUUAGGUCUGACUAAAGCAUUAAGCUUGGGGGCAACAACAGUUGUUGUUGAGGAUACCCGGGUUGCUGGCCACAUUCAAGGAUCAUCUAUUAAUGUUGUCAUUCCAGAUACUCUUAUCUUGUACAUAUCACCUUGGUCAAUGUCAGAGGAUCUUAUUAUAGAAUCAAAACCUUUUCCAUCAUCCAUGCAUUGGUAUGUGGUGUCUGGUCGUCAAUAUCUAAUUCAAAUGAAGAUUUUCUCUGGAAGACCUGAUGCACAUGAAAUCUAUAUAACUGAGACGGAUGACAUAAAACUGUAUGGAAACGAUUCCGAUUAUUGGAAAAUUCUCUCACUGCCAGAUGAACUUCCCUCUGAAUAUAGUCAGCGAAAUUCUAGAAUUUUGAACGCAAUCUCACCAGGAUUAGGAGAGAUGACAGCUACAUUGACUUACUUCAAUGGGCAUCAGGACUCAAAAGAGGUUCUCAAGGUUGUUCAAGAAAUUAUGGUUUGCGAAAAAGUGCAGUUCACAUUAAACAGUGAAGAUGACAUACCUAAGAUCCUACUCCCUUGGACCCCUGCUGUUUAUCAGGAGAUGGAGCUAAUUGUGACAGGAGGUUGUGCAAAAGCAUCGAGUGACUACAAGUGGUUCACUUCAGAUAUGAGCAUUUUGUCUGUGUCAGCUUAUGGAAUUAUCCAGGCAAAGAGGCCUGGAAUAGCCACUGUAAAGGUGGUGUCGACUUUUGAUUCACAAAAUUUUGAUGAGGUUAUUGUUGAAGUUUCCAUUCCAUCCUCUAUGGUUAUGUUGCAAAAGUUUCCAGUAGAGACAGUUGUUGGAUCAUACCUGCAAGCAGCUGUCACAAUGAAGGCUUUGAAUGGUGCCUCGUUCUCUAAAUGUGAUGCUUUUAAUUCAUUGAUAAAGUGGAAGACGGGGAGUGACUCUUUUGUUAUUGUUAAUGCAACAUCUGAGAUGAUGAUGUUGGACGAAUUAAGAAGCAUAGACUCCAGUCCUCCUUGUUCACGGGCCUAUAUAUAUUCUUCGUCUCCUGGUCGCACAGUUCUACAAGCAACUCUGGCAAAAGAGUUUCAUUAUUUUGAUAAGUCUUUAAGUGAAUCAAUAGAUUUGAAAGCAACUUUGAGUAUCGGAUCUUAUCUGCCACUUUCUGUCAGACAAGAUAGUGAUGGGAAUCAUCAUGGUGGAUACUGGUUUGAUAAAGCACAAGAAGAAACUGAAUUUGGUGUUAGUAAGCUAUAUCUUGUACCUGGGACAUAUGUUGAUGUCAUGCUUCUUGGGGGACCUGAAAGGUGGGAUGGCAAUGUUGAAUUCACCGAGACUGUGAAGACACUGUAUGAAGAUGAGGAGGAUCGUACAAGCAGAGUUAACGUCCAUCAUGAGUUUGACCGCCACGCUAAUAUGUAUAAAAUUUCAUGCCAGAAGCUUGGCUCCUAUAAACUGGUCUUCUUGCGUGGGAAUCUGGUGGGUAUAGACCAUCCUUUACCUGCAGUGGCAGAAGCUGUAUUGUCUGUUCAUUGCAGCUUACCAUCCUCUGUUGUGCUCAUUGUUGAUGAACCUGUUAACAAGCUUGAUGUGAUUAGAGCUGCUAGUCAAGCUGACAGGGCACCAGGAAGACUUCGUGUAACUCCUGUGACUGUGGCAAAUGGGCAGAUAAUCCGUGUGGCUGCUGUUGGUAUUAGCGAAUCUGGAGAAGCUUUUUCAAACUCGUCAACUCUUUCUCUCAGGUGGGAACUGAGCAGUUGCAAAAAUUUCGCGUACUGGGAUGAUGAUUAUAACUCAAAAAUGACAAACUCUAGCUGGGAGAGAUUUCUGGCUCUUCGCAAUGAAUCAGGAUUGUGCACUGUUCGAGCCACGGUUUCUGGUAUUGAUUAUUCUGUUAAAAGCCAAUACUCAACUCUGCUUCCACAAGGUUCGGAAAGUACUCUCACUGAUGCUGUACGCUUACAGUUGGUUUCCACACUAAGAGUCACACCAGAGUUCAACCUGGUAUUCUUUAAUCCUAAUGCCAAGGUAAAUUUGUCAAUGACUGGAGGGAGCUGUUUGUGGGAAGCAGUUGUGAAUAAUUCUCGUGUAGCAGAAGUUAUACGGCUCCCAUCUGGGCUGCAAUGCUCGCAAAUGAUGCUGUCUCCAAAAGGGUUAGGAACUACACUCGUGACAGUGUACGACAUUGGGGUUUCCCCUCCACUUUCAGCUCUUGCGUUGAUUAAAGUUGCAGAUGUGGACUGGAUAAAGAUUGCAUCUGCGGAUCAGAUAAGUAUAAUGGAAGGAAGUACACACUCCAUUGAUCUCUUGACUGGCAUUGACGAUGGGAUGACCUUUGAUUCUUCCCAGUACCCACUUAUGGACAUUAUGGUGCAUAUCGAGGAUGAUCUCGUGGAGCAUGUCGUUGAUGAUGAUUUACUUUCUGUUGGUGAACACGUGGCAACUUCCUCUUUUAAAGUUGCUGCUAGACGACUGGGAAUAACAACCCUAUAUGUCAGCGCAAGACAACAGUCAGGAGAUAAAGUAGUAAGCCAAACUAUUAAAGUCGAAGUUUAUUCCCCACCAAGACUUCAACCAGAAGGAAUAUUUCUUGUUCCUGGUGCUUCGUACGCGCUCACUGUUGAAGGAGGCCCGACCAUGAAUGUUUCUGUUGACUACACCACUGUGGAUAACGAAGUUGCAAAGAUUGAAAAAUCAGGACGCCUAUACGCAACAUCACCCGGCAACACGACAAUCUAUGCAACUAUUUACGGGAGUGAAGGUACUGUAGUUUGUCGGGCAACAGGCAAUGCUGAAGUAGGGAUUCCUGCUGCUGCAAUGCUGGUAGCUCAAAGUGACACUGUGGCCGUUGGACAUGAAAUGCCUAUGUCCCCAUCAUUUCCUGAGGGAGACCUUUUGUCUUUCUAUGAGCUCUGCAGAGCAUACAAGUGGACUAUUGAAGAUGAGGAGGUGUUGAUUUUCAUUGAAUCAUCCAUUAAUGCGGAAGAGAAUGCUGGUUUUGUCAAUGUCGUCCAAGGAAGAUCAGCUGGCAAAACCAGAGUCACAAUUGCCUUCUCAUGUGAUUUCGUGUCUCCUGGCUUGUACUCUGAAUCUAGAACGUAUGAAGCGUCGAUGAUUUUAUCUGUUGUGCCUGAUCUCCCACUUUCUCUGGGGACGCCUAUGACUUGGGUGCUUCCGCCUUUUUAUACAUCAUCAAGUCUAUUACCUUCAUCUUUAGAGCCACAAAAGCAUAGGGAUGGUCAAAGUCACAGAGGCAAUAUUGUCUAUUCCAUAUUGAAAGACUGU